AUGAGUGAGACCGGUUUAGAAACUGCAGCCAUGCAGGAAAAAGGCUCAGAACUGCAAACCACUGAGCUCCCGCCUUCUACCUCAUCGAGCGAGAAUGAGGAAAGUAGAAGUCCUCGCAAUUGGAGCCCCUGGAAGAAGCGUCUUCUGUUCUGCUCGCUGAUGUCCAGUUCGAUUCUUUGCGAUGGCGCAAUGACAUGGGGAUCGACAUUGAUUGUCGACCAGGCCCUGGAAUGGCAUAUCACCGUUGACAAAUCGGCCACCAGCAUGAACUAUGGGAUACUGCUGCAGGGAAUCGGUGGUCUGAUUGCGAUCCCGCUGAUUGAGGCCUACGGACGCCUGCCCCUCUGGCUCUGGCCGCAAGUCAUCACUACAUUCAUGGUCCUCGGCGCAACCCUGUCCAAAAACUAUGACACUUUUACUACAUUUCGAUCUCUUCAAGGCGUCUUCGGGACUGUUCCGCAAGUUGUCGGCCUGCCUAUAAUCCAUGAUAUGUAUGACCCGAAAGAUUGGCCAUAUAUGAUCAACAUAUGGGCGAGUACCUUUUUGAUAGGCCCCUUCUUCGGCCCAGCUUUAGCCGGUUACAUCGGCGCCGGAACCGACUGGGUGAUCUCCUUCGGCAUCCUCACCCUCUUCUACGGGCUAUCCACCAUCUUGGUUCUAUUAUUCGGAUAUGAGACCUACUUCAUCAAGGGCCAAGAAUGCCAGCGCAACACACGCCUCCAGUCCUUCUUCGGCAUCAAAACUCAUAACCUCCCGACCCUCUCGACAAUCGCGUACUGGUCCAAGACUCUGGUGGUCUAUAUCUUCAAGUUUCCCUUGCUUCUAACCGGCAUCGCGACAAUGGUUAACUUUUGCUGGCCUAUCGGCAUCACGGUAACAGUCUCUACAUUCGUCGCACAGCCCCCAUACCUAUUCGACACGAUCGAAUCAUCCUCUCUCCGCUGGGCACCCAUUAUCGGCGGCCUCUCUGGCUACGCAUUCGGCCACUGGUUCAACGGCUGGAUCUACCGCUCGCGCCAGAAGACCUGGUACCCGGAGUACCGGCUGCUGGGCGCGUACUUUGCAAUCGGGACGAUGGCCUGUGGUCUUCUGACCUACGGACUCACACUGCACUACCAGAAGCACUGGGCGGGUCUUGCGUUUGGGUGGCUCAUGGUUGUUGCGGGGAUGAUUGCUUCGACUGUAUCAAUAACAGCCUACGCCCUCGAAAAAUACCCGGACCAAUCGACCGUCGUUUCAGCAAUCAUAAACGGAUGGCGCACGGCAAGCGGGUUCUCCGUCGGAUACUUCCAGCCCUCAUGGAUUGCGCGUAACGGGGUUGCGGCUGUCUUUGGGACGCAGACUGCGGUUGUUGUCGCCGUGUUGGUUUUGACCGUUACGCCGGUUAUUCUCGUUGAGGGGAGGAGGGCGAAGGCGAAGAUGGGGGUGACUGGUGCUGAGGGUGGGGUUUUGUAG